AUGGUGUCUGAGGCGCCUGGAGGGCUUCGCCGAGAGAAGUGCUACGAGGCAAACAUCAAUGGCUACAAAGACGUAGGUGGUCACGUCGAGUACUGCCUGAAGCUUGACCACUGCAGUGGUGUGUCCUGGUCCUUGUGGCGGAGAUUCUCUGAAUUCUUGCAGCUACAUGAGGACAUUUUGGCACUCACAGAUGAGAAAGAUCAACUUCCAGCAGGGCCUGAGAGAUCAUGGUUGCCAGCCUUCACUCAAUCACUGUCCGCAGACUUUUGUCAACAGCGGGAGGUUGAGCUCGGUGCAUACCUCAAGAGGCUGAUCGCCACGCCGAAGAUCCUGGACCUGUCACCUCUCCAGGACUUUCUGGGCAUCCGAUCACCUGAGCCACCUGCUGGAUUGCGCGUGGUACCCCGUGCGAAUGCUUUGGAACUCGAGGUGAGCCCUCCUGACUCUGAAGCUUUUCCCGCUCUACCUCGAUCCGGGGAGCACGGAGGUCCAGUGGAUGGCUAUUGGAUUGAGAUCCUGAACUUGGACACUGGCAAGAAGAAUCGUCUGAAGAGAGAAGUUGGUGCCUCUGGUCGAUUAAUGCAGACCGCCCGCGUGGGGCGGCUGGAGGCUGGGCGCCACUGCUUCGCUUGUGCUGCGUUCAACGUGGCGGGCUGCUCCAGCCCUGUGUCGGUGACAGUGGAUCCAGUAGUAAUUUGUGGCCCUACAGAGCAGAAUCCAGCCUGCAUGCCUGUCCAACAGCAGCUGCAACCGCCCACUUUUGCCAAUGCUCGGGGCUAUUUGCCACGCCCGCAACUGGGCGAAGGGCCAGCACCACUACCAAUCCAACCAGCCCAUGGGAGCGGCUGGGGCCCGAGUCCGGGCUCUGGGCAACCUGUGCAAAGAGGCAGGGUGCCGCAGGACUCAAGACCAACCAAUCAGCUGCAGAUUCAGCGGCCACAGCAGCCACAGCUGCCCCAUAUGCAGAUACAAAGGCAGCAGCAGCAGCAGCAGCAGCAGCAGAACUACCUGUUCCAACCGCAGGUCCUUGGGCCUGGCACUGCGCCGAUGGGUUUGACAAGUUAUGCCAAGUCACGUGCUUCGAAACCUCUGUCUUCAGCAAAUCAACUUGGCGCAACAAAAGCAUCAAAUCAUCCAAAAGACGAGGAAGAUGAAGACAGUCUCUGUGUUGUAUGCCUUGCUGCCCCGAAGACACAUGCGUUUGUCCCGUGUGGCCAUCGCUGUGUUUGUGCGCCUUGCGCCAAAGAAGUUUUCCCUGACAAGGGCAGCUGCCCAGUUUGCCGUGCAGAAGCUCAGAAUGUGAUUCAGAUCUUCACCUGA